UUCUCUCCGUGGCUCCUUCGGCGUUUGGCAAGAGGAGGAACGUCAAGCCGUUUGGAUGCUCUGAUGUUCGCCUUGCCCCAAAUUAUUCCUGGCCAGAUGCAGUGGAUACUUUUCCUGUUGCUGUUAUUCAUAAACUCCAUGGAAAUGCUCGCUCAAGCCAGGAGGAAGAAACUAGUAAGUGUUGCCUUGUUUGAGAACUGCACGGGGUGUGUGAUGUGCUCCGAGGACAACGGCUGUAGCACCUGCCAACAGAGGCUGUUCCUGCUCAUCUGGAGGGACGGGAUCCGCGAGUUCGGUGCCUGCGUCCACGCCUGCCCACCGGGCUACUUUGGACUGCGAGGCAAAGAGCUCAACAGAUGCAGUAAGUGCAGGUCGCCCAGCUGCGAGAGCUGCUUCAGCAAAGAUUUCUGCAUGAAAUGCAAAGAGCAUUUCUUCCUGCACAAAGGGAGAUGUUUCAGUGCGUGCCCGCCCGACACCCUGGCCCAGUCCAGCACCCGGGAAUGCCAAGAAAAGUGUGAGAUGGGUCCCUGGAGCAGCUGGAGCCCCUGCUCGAACCAGGGCAGGACCUGCGGCUGCAGGUGGGGUCUGGCGACGAGGGUCCGUGAGGCCACCCGGAGUAGCAAAGAAGAGGCCGUCAUGUGCCCGAUGCUGUCGGAGUCCAGGAAGUGUCGAAUGAAGAAACGCUGCCCUGGAGAAAAAAACGAAAAGAAAAGAAAAGGGAAACGGGAGAAGAAAGAGAGGAAGAAGAAGAGGAAGAUGGAAUCUCUGAUGGUCACUUAA